CGGCAUUAUAGAGGCAAUAGUGUUUCAGGCAUUCAAGACUUCGGCGGGCUUAAAACCGACUUCGCCCCAGUACAAACGUCAGCAAACUGCUCUUUAUUUUGCGCUCUUUAGGCUUGCCUACUGCUAAGACUUUGGGCCUAUUAUCACAAGAAGCAUGACUUCUCAGAAAAGGCCGGCCAGCCUAUCAUCAGAGGAAACCUACUUUGAUGAUCCGUCUGAUGAAAAGGUGGAUAGUGAAUGGGAAAAGAUAAAACAAGACCCAGCCAAGCGAGUUGCAUUUGAAAGAAGGUGUAUUGAACAUGAGCUUACAAAUGAGAAACGGGUGAUCAUAUUGCAAGACAACCCUAGCACCAGAAGCCACUGUCGCUUCUGGGAAUGCAUUCCUACUAAGUUAAAUGGGGAACCUAAUAUCAGGUCUGCAUUUCGCUUUAAUGUCAAGGACCUUUCUGGUCGUUCCUACGAACCGAACAAGUACUACCAUGUAUCUUGCAUUGAGCAGAUAUUUCCCGACCUAGCUGCCCUAAUAGAGCACCGGUAUUUGCGAAUGGACGGAGGAGUAACCCAGAUGACCUCAGCCAGCUGGCAAAUAUCCCGCUUCCACAACGCCAUUGAAGAUUAGUUCCGCUACAAAGGCUGUUCCUUCAACGUGAAAACAUACGAUCGUUUUGAAAGGAAAUAUGCCAAGUGGAACCGGAAAUCAAGCACGUCAGAGGUUAACCAUCAG